UUUCGGAGCACCAGUCUUCACCGAAGCACCGCAUCGUGCGUGUCGUAGCGAGAGUGUUACCUCGCAAUCAUCUCGUGGUGAGUCGCGCGCAGGAGAAUACGAGGUCACUCCUCGUCCUGUCACCUUUCGGGCUUGUUCCCCCCUACUCCGAGGAGCGGCGAUCUCUCGCUCGGUAUCUCGUAUACACGCGGGGGUUGAAAGUGGUGAACAUACAGUCGCGAUCCAGCUCGGUCUCCGCGACGAGAAGGAGGAGGCAGUGUUCGAAAGAUUCGGGCCCCUUCGUCCCUAUCCCGUGGCGACGAAGAUGAUGCACGCAAUGAGCGAGCACGCGGGCGUGGGUGUACUACCAUUCGACGGAAUGGGUCUGUACGAGCAGCCGCGGCCGCCCCGUUUAGUCUUCAAGAUGCCGCGCGUCGUGCCCGAUCAGAAAGCCAAGUUCGAGAGCGACGAGCUGUUCAGAAGGCUUAGUCGCGAGAGCGAGGUGAGAUACACCGGUUAUAGAGAUCGGCCGCUCGAAGAACGUCAAGUACGCUUCCAAAAUGGCUGUCGGGAAGGCCACACGGAGAUCGCGUUCGCGGCGACGGGCACCAAUCUCCAGCUUGUGUUCGGCAACGCGUCCGGGAGCUAUCCCGUCGAUCCCAACGACUGCGACUUCGACAAGGAACACGGCAAGGUACACUUACGCUCGCACUUGAUCAUGAACGGAGUGUGCGUGAGGUGGCGAGGCUGGAUUGACCUGGACCGGCUGGACGGCGUCGGCUGUCUCGAGUACGACGAGGAGCACGCCGCCGAGGAGGACGCGCUCCUGCGCGACCAGCUCGAGCGUUACAACCAGCGGCUGCGCGACUUCGAGGAGAAGCAACGUACCUACCGGGGUGGCCCGGCGUCGGCGCAGCCGCCUCAUCUCAAUCAUCACUAUCACCACGACACGCACCACGCGACCAGCCACCACCAUCACCAUCACGGCCACCACAGCCGGCACGUGGGCGGCGCGGGUGCCACGGGUGCCACCGCGACCGGCAUCGAGCCCCACUUGCCACAUCGCCAGGAUCCCGAGAUGGAGGUGCGACUACGGGCCUACUGAGGCUUGCGUAGACUCUCCGACUGUCCCCGAUGAUGGUAAACGACGACGAGUCCCCUUUCGGUCUCUCGAGGGUGACGCCCGUCGUGCCCCAGCGCGAAACGGAAUUUACGGCCCGACGAGGAACGAUACCGAUGCCCGGCCUGUUCUGCGACGUCAACGAGCGUGUUCGCGUGCCGUCUGAUCUCUAACGAAAAAAUUACUAGUCAAAUUUGAGUGAUAUGUAAUUAUUAAAAGUAAUUUUCGUUAUAGCUCUGGCUGUUAAUCGGCGCCUUCGCGGAUCUGCACGCUCGGUGGAAAUGUCCAUUUCGCUGCCCAGCUUACUUAAAAUACCCCGGCUAUAGCCGGAUUUUGUGAUACGCGAGCUUUGCUCUGAGGAGCUAGCGGGUCCUCGGGAGAUUUUUAAAAAGCCAUAUGGCGUUUCCUUCUUUCUUGGUACCGUAGACUCGCGUUUUACAGCGUGCUUUUAACGACGGUGACACAACGAUAACCGGUCUUCAUUCAAAUCCGCGAUUAUAAUUUUAAGUAUAUUUUUGUAGAGACGCGCGUCCCACGGAGGGCAAAGCGGGGUUUCUGCCGUCGAACGAUCGGUUGAUGAAAUCGAUGUUUACGGCGUCCCGUCUUGCGCAAAAGGAAAGCUACUCAACACCACGUGGGGAGUUAUGGGAUGUUCCGUAAAUAAAUAAUAUCGGAUAAAUAAUAUUGGCUCGCGUGGACUCGAGAGUUUUCAACGACAGAUAUUAUUUAUUUAAUCGUUCGAUUUUGGUGAAUUUCUCGCAAAACGUUCGAUCAGGCUCACGUAAUUAUUUUGUCUCGACGGACGUUGCUCCGUUUGUGUAAUUAAUCGAACUUCAGGGAAGUUGUUGGCGAAGCUGUAUGUAAAUAUACUUAAAGUUGACCCACAGUUAUAAAAAAAAAGCAAUUGUUAUAUAUAAUUAUAAAAGUUUUGUGUAUAAUAUAUUUAACGAUUCGAGUCCGAUGCUUUCCGACAUUUUAUCGCGGUUUUUCCUCACGGGAAAAUAACUUUUUCGACUUGUGCGUCAUUUAGCGCUUUCAAAUACGCGCGAUGAAGGCCGGGAUCGACCCUGACCUUACCAUUACUAAUCAUCCGCGCAAUCUUUCCGUUUACAUCGUUGAUAUCCGAGUACGACUUUUCCUCACAGGUGUCGAAUGUUUCCACGCAUGUCAGGUACCAAAAUGAAGGAGGCCGUUUCACGAAGACGUUACAUCAUUUUAUCAUUAAAAUGAUAAAAUAAUGCGCGUCUGACCUGCCAAAUAAGCGUUCGAAAAUUAAGGCGCUCGUAGCGCGUACAUUUUACGCUUUAACCCUGCAAAUUUUCAGGCCGCGUGACUGAACCAAGCACCGAUCUUAAACAGCAUUAUAUUGAGAUACAAUUUAACGUAAUUUUUACAAUAUAUUCCGUCAUGGAGCAACAAUAAUUGAUUAGCUCCGUCGCAGAACAGGCACUUUUAUAUCAGACAGCGUGAUUUGGCGUACAUCUUUGAGAACGCGUUUUACCCGCGAUGCUUCCUUUUAUUAAUUAUCUUAACACCUCUGAGCAUUUUAAAAGAAAUAUACACUUCUGCGAAUAUAAAAAAUUUAUGCAUCUACGAAUCUAUCUUCUCUUCCAAAUACGUGCGAUCCUCUCUCUAAUUUAGUAAUUCAAUUGACGUUGUCGAGCCUCGUAAUUUUUCAUGGAAUAAAUCUUUUAUAUAGAAGUAAUGUCUCGUGACUACUGAACAGAGGAAAGAGAGAAUCGGUUUCCAAAUUUUACGUGAAAGGUAUCGUGUCUUGAAUCGUCUUCCGCUGUCGCGAGAAAGGGCCGUCGCGAGUUUCGCGACGCAUCUCGCAGAGGCACAAUGGCCGUAACGAUUGUAUCAUCGAGUGUACGACGGCUCGCCGGUGAUGGAAUACGUGAAUCACGAUGAUUCCCGGCGUUCGGCUAACGAGCACGAUGAAUCAUCUGUCGAUCGUUGCGUCUGCUUGCGUUUCACGUUUAAGUUGAACACGCGAUCGUCGUGAGGAGGAAACUUUUUGUUACAUUGUACAUAUUUGUAAAGAGUUUAUAAAUUAAAGAUAUCAUUUGCGUCGUA